CUCAGAAACUAAAAAAAGAGGCAAGUAACAAGUAAGUGGGAUUGGAUCUCGUUGUCGAGCGGACAUUUUCUUAUCCCGGCGAGUUGUUAAUUCAAGCAGUUAUUGGAGUUACUCAACCCUUUGCUCGAGUCGGAAAGUGACCAUGGCGAGUCACCAGUACUCGCUGCGGUGGAAUAAUUACGUGAAGCAUGUGUCAACUGCCUUCGAGGCGUUGCGCUGUGACCGCGACCUCGUUGACGUCACUCUGAGCUGCGAAGGCAAGAAAAUUCCUGCCCACAAAAUGCUGCUCUCAGCCUGCAGUUCCUACUUCAAAAGCCUCUUCAAGGAAAAUCCUUGCCAGCACCCCGUCAUCAUUUUCAGAAAUGUUGCAUUUGACGAUCUCAUGGCCCUGGUGGACUUCAUGUACAAAGGAGAGGUGAAUGUGGAACAGGAGCAGUUGGCCUCCUUUCUGAACACGGCCGAACUCCUGGAGGUCCAAGGGCUCACAAAUAGCGGCAAGGAUGUCGAAAAAUCCAAAACGACUGUUGAAGAGGAGAAGACUGUUAAAAAUGAUGAUGUACAACCAGAGAUAGCUGGUGUAUCAUUGCCAUACACUGCCCCAUUUAAUGAAUCAUCACAACCCUCCCCUUCAACCUCUUCUACUACUACUCUCAGGAAGAGAAGGAGAACAUCACCUGCCAGGACUGAAGAUGAGUCUCAACCAAAAAUUCAAGCAGUUGAUGAGCCUGUGAUAGCAGAUAUUGAGCAUGUGCCUUUGAAAACAGAACCUGAGUUCGAGCACAUAGAGCUCCAACCAGAUGACUCUGUUGAUGAUGAAGACCUGGCUGCUAGUGGAAUUGGACUUGAAUCAAGUGAUAUGGACAACUUUGUAAUGGCUGGACCAUCAAAUGACAGUUUGGGAGAAGAUAAAGAGGAAGAAAUUGACAAUGAUGAAAAGAGCAACGAAAGUUUCUUCGUGGUAGACGUGCUAAAAGUGGUUGAAAAGAACGAAUGCAGGCAAAAUAAAUAUUGCUGUAGUGCUUGCGAUCGGCGAUUCUCCACUUUUUCCAAUUGUGAAAGUCACUUGCGAACGCACCUAGGCAAAGCGACGUGCCCUAUUUGCUUCAAAAGUUUUGUGCAAAACGGCGAUAUGAUGAGGCACAAAGUUGCUCAUGAGGGCGAAACUCAGUGCGAUAAAUGCAAAAAGAUUUACAGCUCUAAACGAUCACUGCAAAGACACAUGUUGAAGUGCACAGGCGUGAAAAUUCUGAAAUGGAGCAGACGGAGACCUAGAAGACCUGAUAUUGUUUUGAUUAAAAAAGAAAACAUAGGCGGAGCCUGCGAUGGCGAAUAGAUUUAAAACUUUUUUGAACCGAUUUAAAUUUUUAAAUUCCUACUUCGCAAAUAGAAAGAUGUUUUAAGCUAUGAGUGAUUGAAAGCAGUUUCCAAAGAGACGUGCAUUACUGUUCUGAUCUGUUCUUGAAUUUUAAACAUUUUAACUGCCCUUCACUGAAGUUGACUAAAGGCCCAAUUUAGAGGAACUAAAAAUUAAAGGUGAGGAACUAAAAAUUAAAGGUCUUUCAUAAUUCAAACGAUGAUAAGUGACGAUUUCAUUAUAUUGUUCAUAGAGGAAGAGAAUGAAAAGAGAACGAAAGUUAGUGCAAGUGCUUUAAGUGAUUGUAAAGGGCAAUAAUAAGUUGAGUAUUGCUGCAGUGCCUGUGACUGGAAAUUCUCCACUUUUUCCGUCUGCGAAACUCACUUGCACUCGAUCUGCCCUAUUUGCUCCAAAGAUUUUGUCCAAAACGCCGACAUGAUGAGACGCACAGUUGCUCAUGAUGGGGAGACGCAGUGCGAUAAAUUUAACGCUAAAAUAUUUGCAGCACUAUAUGAACUAUGCAAAGACAUGCUGAAGUGCACAGGCGUGAAAGUUAUGAACUGCCGCAGGCGGAAACCUAAAAACCUGAAAUGUUUUUGAUCAAAAAAUUAAAAGUAAAAAAUUGUUCCCUUGAAAAGUCAGUGAGCUUCAUUUACAAUUUUUAUUAAAAUUCUAGCCUUGCAAAGAAUCAUCAUUGG